AUGGGGUCGCUCAACAGCCUAUGGCCGCGUCUUGGCAGCCAGAAACCUGUUCGACCGAAAUUCUUGGAGCUCAGGUCCGCGAGAUGGUUCAUUCUGUUCACAGUUUCUUUUGCUGCUUGCACGGAUAUCUUCUUAUAUGGCCUGAUCGUUCCUGUGACACCUACAGCCUUAGAGCGAAGAGUUGGGUUGACAGAGGAUCAAGUCCAAUCGUGGACCUCAAUUUUGCUGGCCUUGUAUUCAGCUGCAUUGCUCGCGUCCUCUCCGGUGGUCGGAUAUUUAGCUGAUCGAGCUGAGUCCCGACGAUGGCCUUUCCUAAUUGGCCUGGCUGCGCUGGCUGCUGCAACAGCUUUACUUUGCGUCGGAACCAACCUCGGUUUGUGGAUUGCCGGUCGUCUAUUCCAAGGUGCCACCGCCGCCGUGGUUUGGACAGUCGGGAUCGCGCUUUUAGUUGACACCGUUGGCAAAGAAGGGCUUGGACAGGCAAUUGGAUAUGUUUCCAUGUCACUAAGCUUAGGUACACUUGCUGGGCCUCUCUUGGGAGGUGUACUUUAUGAACAUGGAGGAUAUUAUUCAGUCUUCGGUCUUGCCUUUGGUUUUAUUGGCAUCGACAUCUUCCUUCGAUUGGUUUUGAUUGAAAAGCGACAUGCUGCACGAUGGCUGGCAUCAGAAACGAGACCAUUGUCAUCUGUUCAGCGGAGUGGAGAAAAGAGCUCACUGGCUACUACGUCAAAUCCACCAGUAUUAGCGUCGAUCGAUGACAUGCCAUAUGAGAAUCAAGAAAAGCCAUCUAAAAGGAGAAGAAAUCCCUUCGGGCAGAUUCUCAUCCUCCUGAGCUCCUCUCGCCUUGUUGUAUCGCUCUGGGGGUACUUUGUCAUAUCUUUGGUCCUUACCUCUUUUGACAGCGUCCUCCCACUCUUUGUACAGGAGACAUUUCGUUGGGAACAGACAGGCCAAGGCCUGAUAUUCAUUGCAUUGAUCGUGCCGCAUAUUAGCGAUCCAAUCACAGGCUAUAUUAUCGACCGAUAUCCGCGAACCCCACGUUACCUCGUCGCAGGAGCAUUUAUUUGCUCUGUUCCAUUAGCGGUGCUUCUACGACUUGUUACAGACAAUUCAAUGCAUCAUAAGAUCAUUUUGUGUGCUUUGCUCUCUAUGCUUGGACUCUGUAUGGCAGUCGCAAUGCCCCCAUUGGUCGCAGAAGUUUUCCACGCUGUAAAAGAGAAGGAAGAUCAGUCGCCUGAAAUAUUUGGUGCAGGUGGUGCAAUGGCUUUGGCCUUUGGAUUAUCGAACAUGGGUUUUGCCGCUGGCAGUCUCAUCGGGCCUUUCUUCGCUGGGUUUAUCCGUCAGAAUGCCGGUUGGAGUACCAUGGGCUGGGCGAUGGGUCUUAUUGCUGGUGUUUCUGCUAUUCCAUCGUUUUUCUUUCUUGGUGGUUGGAUUGGAAGAGAACAGCAAUUGAGUGAUCCUGAACAGACAAUAUCGAGUUGA